GACGCAACAAAAUCCUCGCCAUUUCCUGAUUUCCUUCGCCCCACUCCAAGGGAGUGCAAGACGGCUCACGACAUUCUUGAAGGCCUUCACGGAGAUGCCGUCCGUGAGGUAUUCACGGCUCCAGACGCACCAUGUGAGGACUAUCCUUACGCCAUGGACGCACUGGUGGUCGCAGCCCUGAGCCAAGCUACAAGCUGGUCAAACGCGACGAGGGCAAUGCAAAGCAUGAAAGAGAUCUAUGGGUCGCCGUUCGCGUACUCAUCCAUCGUCAAGGGCGGCAACGAUAAGCUCGUGGACGCCCUCCGACCGGGUGGCAUGCAAAACCGCAAGGCCAAGAUCUUGAUGACCCUACUUAAAGACGUCGAAGCCAAGUACGGAAAAUGGGACUUGCAGCAUUUAUUUACCAAGACUGACGACGACGAAGUCAUUGAUGAAGUCACCAAGUUCUGGGGGAUUGGACCAAAAUGUGCACACUGUCUCCUCAGCAUCUGUCUCAAAAGGGACGUGUUUGCUGUCGAUACUCAUAUAUAUCGGCUGUCUGGACUCUGGGGAUGGAGACCAGCCAAAGCGACCAAAUUGACGGCGCAGGCUCAUCUGGACGCUAGGAUACCGAAUGAGCUCAAGUUUCCGCUGCAUUAUCUCAUGAUAUCGCAUGGGAGCUCAUGCCCAAAGUGUCGUGGAAAUGGAAAUCCGCGAGGGCAUUGCAAAUUUGAGGAACUGCUCAACAAG